AUGGAAAUCGAUAUACCGUUUGAGAAAGAAACGCUUUUAACAUUCCUAAAUGGAUUUGUAGAUUUAGAGAAAGUACCGAAGGAAUUUACGAGUCAACUUAUUCCUUAUUUUGAAGCUAUUAGUCAAGACAAAGAUUUGAAAAGAGUGGCCAAGAAAAUUUGUAGGACUAUUUUCGAACAAUGGGAGGAAAAGCAGGAUGCUGUUGACGCUGAAGUUAUUAAAAGAUGCCAGGAUUUUUGGAUAGUUCUUGGGCACACUCCAUAUUUACAGGUUCCAGAUUAUGAACCUUAUAACUUAGUAAUUCAAAAUGUUGAUGCUGCCGAGUUCAUAAGUGAACAUGGUACUACGAAAGAGAAAUUGGAAUUCGAUGAAAGAGACAAUUUAAUUACCAAUCCUUUAGAUAAUUUAAUAUUGGAAGAGGUUGAAGUGACUGACUUUGUGGAUUAA